UUAGUUCGGACAUAUCACCUUUCCAUCAGACGGUCUAAUCAUGGGAUUCGAUCAAGCAGCAGCCAUGGCGGCACAUUCUGCAAUGCCGCGAAAUCUCUCAUAUUCAAAAGUAGCCAGAGCAUUAGCUGGUGAAGAACUAAGCAACCGUGAAACCCUACCGUUGGAUGCCGGAAUAACCGCAAGAGAGGAAGGGCGGUUUGUAUUUGAAUGUGCAUGGGAAGUUGCAAAUAAGAUCGGUGGUAUCUAUACUGUACUUAGAAGCAAAGCACAGAUCAGUAUAGAAGAGUUAGGUGAUCAAUAUUGUAUGUUCGGGCCAAUGAAAGAUGACAGAUGGCGACUUGAAGUUGAAAAGGUCGAACCUGAAAAUAGGACUAUUAGAGCAGCAAUGAGACUAAUGCAUGCUGCAGGGUUCAAGUGCAUGUAUGGCCGUUGGCUUAUCGACGGCUACCCUAAAGUGAUAUUGUUCGAUAUUGGGUCCGGGGCACCGAAAAUGAACGAAUGGAAACAAGAGCUGUUUGAUCGUUGUCGUAUUGGAAUUCCACAUGAAGAUAUUGAAUCCAAUGAUGCUGUCAUCUUUGGAUUUAUGGUGGCUAUAUUCCUGAAGAAUUUUUUGGCUUCUAUCUCAAGCUAUCGACCUUUGGUGGUUGCACAUUUUCAUGAAUGGCAAGCAGGAGUUGGAGUGCUUAUGUCACGAUUAUGGAAGCUAGACGUAGCAACCGUCUAUACUACUCAUGCUACCCUUUUGGGUAGACAUCUAUGCGCCGGAGGCUGUGAUUUUUACAAUAACCUUGGAAAUUUUAAUCUUGACGAGGAAGCUGGGAAAAGAAUGAUCUAUCAUCAGUACUGUAUCGAACGAGCCGCUUGUCACUCAGCUCAUAUUUUCACUACAGUAUCAGAGAUCACAGGAUUGGAAGCCGAACAUUUAUUGAAACGUAAACCGGAUAUUUUAACACCAAAUGGACUGAACGUUGUGAAAUUCGCUGCUUUGCACGAGUUUCAGAAUCUGCACUCACUCGCCAAAGAAAAGAUUCACAACUUCGUCCGGGGACAUUUUCAUGGACAUUUGGAUUUUGAUCUAGACAAGACGCUCUACUUAUUCACAGCUGGAAGGUACGAAUUUUCAAACAAGGGAGGCGAUCUAUUCAUUGAGUCCUUAGCUCGGCUCAAUCACUACCUACAAACCACUAGCGACCCAAGACACAAAGGCGUUACCGUAGUUACCUUCAUUAUCUAUCCAGCCCCCUCAAACUCCUUCAAUGUUGAAUCGCUAAAAGGACAAGCAGUCACGAAACAGCUAAAAGAGGCUGUAGAUAGGAUCAAGGAAAGCAUUGGACAACGUAUGUUUGACGUAUGUCUGCAAGGACAGCUGCCUGAUGGUCACGAUCUUUUAUCACCUGCUGAAAAAGUUUUGCUGAAAAGAUGUAUCAUGGCGACAGAAAAAUAUGAUUUGCCACCAAUUUGCACGCACAACAUGGUCCGGGGAGAUGAUCAGGUCCUCAGUGCCUUGAGACGUACCCGAUUACUAAAUGACCGCCAUGAUAGAGUAAAAGUCGUUUUCCAUCCAGAAUUCUUAUCAUCCGUUUCGCCCCUGAUUGGAUUGGACUAUGAAGAUUUUGUCCGAGGCUGUCAUUUAGGCGUCUUCCCCUCAUAUUAUGAGCCAUGGGGGUAUACUCCCGCUGAAUGCACCGUAAUGGGUAUUCCGUCGGUUUCAACGAAUCUCAGUGGUUUUGGAUGUUUUAUGCAAGAACAUGUUGAAGACCCAUCUUCCUAUGGUAUUUACAUUGUCGACCGACGAUUCAAAAGUCCCGAAGAGUCUGUGCGACAAUUAGCACAAAUUAUGUACGAUUUUUGUGGAAUGUCCCGACGACAACGAAUCAUUCAACGAAACAGAACUGAAAGACUUAGUGAAUUGCUUGACUGGAACAGUUUGGGAGUUUUCUAUAGAGACUGUCGUCGAAUGGCACUGGAGAAACUACAUCCUGACGUUGAGAAUAUUAUCAUUGAGAACGAAGGAAAGGUACCCUCUGCAGCGACGAGCAGACGUCCCAGUAUUCAUAGCAGCGAUGAGGAAGAUUCUGACUAAAAUUGGCCUGGUUCAAACUACAUCCGUGGUCACACCCUACUGCUAGAUGACUCGCUCUUGUUGCUUUCAGUUCUUGCCCUUCAUAGGAUAGGGAUUCUAUGUGUGCGCUCCCUGUAUUGGGAGCCGAUGUAUCUGCAUUCAAGGUGCUCUGCCGUGUAUUUCCCUCUUCUUACAGCUCAUGACAGAUUUUUUAUGACACAUUGUGGUAUAAAGUAUUAUCAGUU